GAGAGUCCCCGACGACUGCAUAUUCGACAAUCCGACCACUGCAGCGCGGGAUCCUCGUCGACGGCACACUCUCUUUUGGCCACAGCCUCCCAACAAUUCGAUCGGCAAAGGAAGGAAAAAGCAGGGCUGUGCUCGGACGAAGUGGCUGAGCGACGCACCUGGUGAGCCGACGUUCGACUUCCAGACGGUCGUCUUGUCUACGCUCUCCUUCGAGACAUCCACCGCCGUUGCGCUCUCCAUUUCGACAAGGACUGCGAAACCGUAUACACCGACACCUCGUCGCACCCGCCAGCAUGGCCGACAACAAUCUCAACCGAGUCCCGCGCCGAAAGCCCGUCCCCUCGUCGCAGCCACUUUCUGAAGACUGGGCCAAGGACUUGACCGUGCAGUUCCGCCGUACACUCUCCACGAAGCGCAUGAACGAAUUGAGCAGUCGACCGGGCUCCAUUCGACGUUCGUCCUCGCGCGCGACACCCUCGCUCGUCGUCGUCCCUCAGACUCCUCCUCGAUCAUCACAUCGCGACGCAACACCGCAAUUACCAACACGAGACGCUCCUCCUGCGCCCUCACAACACGAUGCACCCACGCGACCAGCCUCACCACCACCAGCAUACUCAUCGCUCAAGAACAUUCCCACAUUAAUCACCCCUCCAACCGACCAAAAAUCACUGCGAUUUCGAAGCAUGCUCAUGUCCUUGUCGAACACACCACUGAAAUGGGAGAACCCAGGACUGUUAGACGAGGCGCUCGGCGUCAUCCCUCUCCAGCGCAUAUACGACGAAGCGCAAGAAGAGUCGGAUCUGUUCGAAGCCGAAGCACAAUCACUAGGACCAAAGACCAAGGCCGCUUGGGGAUACCAGGAUUGCGUCAUCCGCGCAUUGAUGAAGUGGUUCAAGAAUGACUUUUUCCAAUGGGUCAACAACCCGAAGUGCUCGCUGUGUCGGGCACCAACAGUAGCUACUGGCAUGGUCGCACCGAUCCCAGACGAGUCUGCCCGCGGUGCGAAUCGAGUCGAACUAUACCAGUGCAGCAACGCCCAAUGCCAGUCUUUCGAGCGAUUCCCACGAUACAACGACGCAUUCGUGUUGUUGCAGACACGGAGAGGACGUGUGGGAGAGUGGGCCAACUGCUUCAGCAUGCUGUGCCGAGCGGUCGGCAGCCGCGUGCGCUGGGUAUGGAACGCCGAAGAUCACGUUUGGACAGAGGUGUGGAGCGCUCACCGCGAGCGCUGGGUGCAUGUCGAUGUCUGCGAAGAGGCAUGGGAUGCACCCUUGCUUUACACUCGUGGCUGGGGUAAGAAGAUGUCGUACUGCAUCGCCUUUUCCGCAGACGGCUGCCAGGAUGUAACCCGCCGCUACGUUCGCAGUCCGAACGAGAACGGUGCGCCCCGCAACAGAGCUGCCGAAGGAGUCCUCGCGCACAUCCUCUCCGAGAUCAAAGCCCUCCGCCGCCGUGACAUGGAUAAGAUGGAGCGCUUCCGACUGGUGAAAGAAGACAUGCAAGAGGAAGAGUACCUCCGCUCUCUCAUCAUCGAGGCCAUCGCUUUCAAUGUCAGCCGAAUCAUCCCUGGAAGUGGAAGCGAGAAGGGCGGCGAUUCUCGGCAACAAAAUGUUGGGAGUGAUGUCGAUGCGCAGAAAGCUGCAGAGGCGAGACUACAGCUGGAGCGCGCGAGGGCCCGGGAUCCGAGGACGCAGAAUCAACAUCAGCAUCAGCCACGGGAUCAGCAUCAGCAUUGAGCCGUGGCGAGCCUUACUACCUUUUUAAUCCGGAUCCUCUGGCUGACCGGGAACCUCAUCUUUAUUCACAUACAUCCACGUUUUAUAUAUCCUUAUCGAUUAGCCAGCAUCCAGGAGCUGGAUUGCGGGUUUUCUUUUGUUCAUCUCACAACAAUGCAUGCGCGGAGUCUAGGAUGCACUCUGCAGGAGGGAGCAAAGGGCGCUUCCUCCAUUGGUAAAAGGAGGGUUUGAUCAUGGGCUAUUGCCUGUGGAGAGCAUGGAGUUCUCACGGUGGCGCAGUGGAGCGAAAUAUGAAGCGACACGACCUCCCCCAGAGCAUGAGGGAACGGCGCUCACUUGUUUGGAAUGCGGAAUGGAUCUUUUUGAUCUUCCUUGGACACGAUUGCAAAUACGAUGGAGAGGAGAUAGCUUUCACUUCCGUUCAGAGCAUCGAUACCAUUGUACUACUACUAUCACUUUUUG